AUGGGCCGGACUGAAGCAUCGGUGGCUCAGCCACCCCAGGCUACCCGAAAGGCUGCGAGAGCAAAACUUGCUAAGGAUACGUUGAACAGGACCAUACCUGCGUUGCUCGCAUCCUAUCUUCGAGCUAAACGAGGCUCGGACAGCGCUGAGCUGAUUGUUCAACCAACACCCCCUGAUAACAACAACACCACGGCGAUGGGGAUUUCAUCCCUUCGGAUACGUCUGGUGAACACCGACACUAUCACCGCCGCGCAACAGCUCUCGCUUUCAGACAGACCCAACAAGAAAGCCGGCUCAGAUGCUGGUACGAUCGCCAUCCUGAACAUGGCAUCACCCCUCCGACCCGGCAGCGGCUUCCUGCAAGGCGCGACCUCGCAAGAAGAGUUCCUCUGCAUGCGCACGACGCUCCUUCCCUCCUUGCGCGACGAGUUCUACCGCCUGCCCGAGGUCGGCGGCGUGCACACGCCGGACGUGCUCGUCUUCCGCGACGGCGAGGGCGCAGAUCUGCCCAAGAAGGACAGGUUCUUCAUCGACGUUGUCAGCGCCGGUAUGCUGCGCUUUCCCGACCUCGAGGAAGGGGGUCGCCGAUACGCGAACGCGGCGGAUAGGCAGCUGGUGGAGGCGAAGAUGGAGGCUGUCAUGAAAAUAUGUGCUGUGAAGAAAGCUGCUAGGGUCGUCUUGGGUGCUUGGGGAUGUGGUGCGUACGGUAACCCUGUGGAGGAGAUCGCUGGUGCGUGGAGAAAGGUGCUUCUGAAGGACAAGGGGCGGCGGAAAAGGGAUUCAACCGCCGAGACGUGGCCAGGAAUCGCCGAGGUUGUGUUUGCGAUCACCGACAGGAAGAUGUACGAGGGCUUCCGGCAACACUUCGAGGACGUGUUGCAGGUGCACGAACAUCCCCCGGAAAAGCCUGGCCCAAGGGAAGACGUCGAUGAAGGCGUUUUGUCCGAGAUAGAUCAAAAAGUCGCUGAGUUGGAGGCUCAGUUACAGGGCGUCAAAUCCGAUGCCUUGCGAGAACGGAUCCAGUCGGUCGUAGACAGUCUCCGAGCGCGGUCGGGUCCAUAG